AUGGCUGCGAACCAUUUUCAUGGAUCUUUGUUGCAAUAUGCUUUCAUGUCUGGAAUGAAUGAUAGGAUUAAGCCUUACCGAAUGAUUCUCAACAUUUACAGGGAGUUCCAUGAAGCCGUCGUUGCCGAGAACAAUGAUGAGGUCAAAGUCUAUCGCAUUUAUGGUAAACUAGAACUCUUUGAAGUGCUUUUCAACGACGGCGUUAUGAUGGAUGUGAAGGAGAAGCUGGAAAGAGAACUUGCUCUUGCUCAGGCCCGUCUUUCUGAUGUUAAGGUUCCUAAUCUGAAUUGGGAAAAGCUAGGAGAGCCACAAAUGUGGCCUUAA